AUGGUUUUGGGCUGCGAGGAAGCUGGAGUACCCAGAGAAAACCCCGGCAUGUCUGAAUCUGUCCGGGGACACACCAGGGGGAAGAUGGCGGCCACUGACCAUUCCCGGUCCGAAGCUGCCAAACAACGACGGCAGGAUCAGCUCCAGCGAUGGCUGGGCUCGGAAACGGACCGGACGGGGUCGGAGACUCGGAAAACCACGGGCUGUUCUGGGACGCGGCGCGCGAAAGUGCAGUUCGCGCAGGGAGCCGUGUUUAUGGCCGCCUGCUCCGCCGGCGACCGGGAGGAGGUGGCGGCGCUACUCCGACAAGGAGCUGACAUCAACCACGCCAACGUAGACGGGCUGACAGCGCUUCACCAGGUGGACAGUUUUUAA